AUGGCAACAACCGAUGCGGUUCUCCUGGCAGCUCCCGAUGCUCAUGUUGAAUUCCUUGCCUUGAAUGUCCUCGAUGAUCGAGAUUCCUCGCUUGGCGCUGACGCGGCAUCGUCGACUGAAAGUUUGAGGAGUUCAAUUCUCGACUACCGACACGAGAAUGGUAGAACGUAUCAUCGAUAUAAGGAUGGAAAAUACAACCUCCCCAACGACAAUGAAGAGAACGAGAGACUAGACCUACAGCACAAUUUAUUUCUUCUCAGUUUCGACAAUAAGCUUGGUCUUUCGCCCCCCAAUCUCCCUGGCUCCGAGGUCAAACGGGUUCUCGACUUGGGCACUGGCACAGGCAUCUGGGCAAUUGACUUUGGAGACGAGCAUCCCGAGGCCGAGAUUGUUGGUGUCGAUCUGUCUCCCAUUCAACCGAGCUUUGUGCCCCCAAACGUCCGGUUCCUCAUUGACGACAUUGAUGAAGAUAUGGAUUAUUCUGAGCCGUUUGAUUAUAUCCACAGCAGAAUGAUGAACUUUAGUGUUCAGAACUGGACUGAUUAUUUAUGGAAAAUCUUUCAGAAUCUCACUCCGGGAGGCUACGUUGAGCUGCAGGAGAUGGAUGGUUUCUAUCGGUCCGAUGACGGAACUCUUACUCGGGAUCAUGCAGUCUCAAAAUGGUGCGAUUUUGUAGGUGAAGCAGCAAUCAAAUUAGGUCGGCCUUUCGAGCACACCGACAAACUGGGGGGUAUUCUAGAGGGAGCUGGAUUCACCGAUGUGGUCACCACCUAUUAUAAAUGGCCAACGAAUUGCUGGCCCAAGGAUAAGAAAUACAAAGAGAUAGGGGCAUGGAAUAACGAGAAUGCAACUCGUGUUCUCGAGUCAGUAUCUCUGGCGCCGUUCACGAGGGGUCUUGGAUGGUCUAGCGAGGAGGUCAAUGCCUUUCUGGUCGAUGUGAGGAAGGACUUGAAUGACCCGAAGAUUCAUGCCUACUCGCGAAUUUGCUCGGUGUACGGGAGGAAGCCGGAAUAAUGAGCAAGUAUGUGCGCAUCACGUCGUGCUUGUAGAGGUCUAAGAAUCCAUCGACAUAUUCGAUCAUUGUCAUGAUGCAUAGUAAGCCACCGUCACAACGUGAAGGCGAACCAACCUUGUACGUGAGAGGGUCCUCCGUAUCGGUCGAGUUGUUUCAAGUUUACAAAAGACCAGCCAGCUAUCCGACAGAGCAAAUCUCUAAGUCGCCGGCAAUUUUUAAGCUCGAUUCAGCUAGCAACAUCUCUAUUCGCCUUU